CGAUUUUCUCCACUACUCCACGCUUUUGAGUAUAGUAUAAGUGCAAGAAGGCAUAGUAUAUGUGUCUUCAGUGAUUAAACUCCUUUCAUCGCACGGACAAUUUGCCUGUGUAUCGCGGUGGUCAAGCAACACGCAUCCAGCCGAAGCACCCCAAAGCCAUUACCCUGAGAAUUGCAGAUUCACUAUGCGAUUGUCGACUUUCCAAAGCCUCGAGAACCGAGAUGGCAAGAGGAUACGAUCAUCGUGUACUUACCCUCGCGUCAUAUAUUCAUUGUUUAGCCGUAUCUGCAAAAUGUGGUGGAUAUUGUUAUCACCUGAGCCUCUUCCCAUGACAACAACCUCUUCACCACCUCUAUCAUCUGAGGAAGAAGCCAUCGUCGCUGUCGCCCACGGCUUCCUUGCAGCAUUGAAUGCGAAGUCGUCGGCCGAUUUCGAGAAAUACUGCAUCAGAGCAGGAGGAAUGUCACUUUGGCCACCGUCGCCUAUGGUACCCCGUUUCUGUACAAUUGGCGUCUUUGUGGAGCAGAUCGCAAACGUACAGGACGAGAUCGAUGAGCAGAUCUGGGAUCCUGAGGUGAAAGUAUACGAAUCAGGUAAUAUGGCCGCAGUGUGGGCGCCGUUCAGAUCAAAGAUCAAUGGCGUUGUGAACCAUGUGGGCGUCGAACUUUUCGUGCUUCAUAAACUCAACGGAGAAUGGAAGGUAACUGGGUUAGCUGACUCAUGUCGAUGGCCGACUGAAGAGGAAAAAUAUUCGUUGCUAUAAGCAAUACACUUGUUGUCCAGUCUUGCCCGUGGUUAUGCAUUAGACUGUCAGAUGAGGGUUGUAGGGAACCAAAUGAAGGGUUAAUGAUAGGGCUAGAUGCAACGUGGACACGAUAAACAAAAAAAACUCUUAGCCAUGAGGGAGGAUAUCGGGAGCAACAGUCCUAUCUACUAUCUGGAUUAAAAUACCAUAUCUAUGGAGAGCCAAACUUUUCGCCAUCUUACUUCUUGCCUCUAAGAAGCUCCCAUCCAACACUCCCGUUCUUUCCUUCUUUUACAGACAUCUCCUCAACUGCCUUCACAAGGUCGUAGCAAAUUUCUUCGGAGACGACGCUAUCAUGCUUAUACGCAGGAUGUGAAGCAACAUAUUCACGGAUCCACCGCGCCCCAGUCCAGAGGGUUCCGUUUGCCCGUUUCCGAAUGAGAUCGAGGUAGGUUGCCAGAAAGCAG